CUUAGCAGCAACCAGCUAUCACAUUGUUGUCAGAAGUGCAUGAAAUUUUCUUUUUUCCUGUUCUGCGAUAACUUCAGUGUAGUGUUAAUGCCUUUCUGUGCUUGGUGUUUCUCUAGCCAAGCUUCAACAUCUUGGCGAUAUUGCGUUAGUGACUUCUGCUCUGUGACAAGAACACGAGUUUUACCGCAAGAAUUGAUUUGAAGUACUUCCAAAGAGGUGAGGGAAGCUGACAAACCUACGAGGAAGGAGACAUGGCAAACUACACAAAUUCUUCGAAUGCAACUGACCCCUUGCAGACUGCGACUCCAGUAGAAUACGGGAAUCGAUAUUUUAUGAUAUUCCUGGUUACAGCCGAGAUUAUCAUAGCAAUUGUAUCGUUGGUCAGCAACUUCCUCGUCGUGUACGCUUUUGUUGCCUACAAAAAACUUCGGACGAGCGUUACGAACUAUUUUGUCAUAUCGCUGGCAAUAUCAGACAUCUUAACCUCAGGGCUGGUCACUGCGUUCAAAGCGGACAUGAACUCUAAACGUUACCUUUGGACACAUGGUUUGUUCAUGUGCCAUCUCUAUACAACAAUGUUUUUACUAGCCUUACCAAGCUCUGUAAUCAACUUGUGCGCCGUCACAGUGGAUAGAUACCUAGUCUUGAGGAUGCCCCUACGUUACACGACCCUUAUGCCGCCAAGAAGAGCCGUUGGCAUCAUCUGUUUUCUGUGGAUUUACGCUAUAGUGUGGUCUUGCCUGCCUAUUUUGGGCUGGAAUGUUACGAACGGAGCAUCUGUGUUGCAAAACGGGUAUUGUUACCAUUCGUCCACAAACUUAUACAAUAAUUUAAUGAAUGUUUUAAACUUCUUAUUUCCCAUGGUUUUCAUGGCUAUCUUCUGGGUGUUAAUCUAUUCAAUAGUUCGCAAGCAUCGCAAGAGAGUUCUGAAAAUAGAGAGAAGCCUUUCGCGUAACACUAACGACUCCUCGAAUUCGAGCAACAACACAAACGGAGAAGUCCAUGCAAUGACUCAGCUUACGGCGCGAAAUGAAAAGACGGAGGAAAAACGUUUGCGGCGUAACGUUCGCGGAUCUCGCUUCAUUGGCUUUAUCGUUGUACUGUUCUAUUUCUGCUGGCUUCCGUACGUCAGCUUAAGUGUUAUAGGCAACAUCUGUGUAUCAUGCAUGGCGCGCGUUCCUCCUAUUCUCUACGAAGUAUUCCUAGCUCUUGGUUUCCUCAACUCAGCCCUUAAUCCAUUUCUGUACCCGUUCCAUGACAAACACUUUAAAGCGGCGUUCAAAGACAUGUGGAAAAAACUGAGAAGCAAGGCCAUUUCUACGUUACUACAAUCACAUGGCAAAGGUGCAGUUUUUAUCUAGAGCAUCGAGGGAAUUUUCUAUGGAUCAACACCAAACGGUUGUUACGAACUCUGAAAAAAAUGGGCUCGGCUGGGCGAGCAUAGGCGAUACGUGGUAAGACGCAAAUUAUAGAAACUGUUACGGAAUGGUUGAACAUGUGAUUAAAUAAAUUAUGUACUUGUGUCUAGCUGAGUAAUCAGUUAGAAAAAAAAGAACUUGAUUGUCGGAGCUGCGAGGGGAAUGGGUCCUAUUCUCUAUUUCUGUACCCCCGCAAGUUGUCUUGUGCGCAUUCAAAAUUACACAAGCCUGUUAUUCAUCUAUCGGUGAUCAUUACACUAAAAAUACCCAACAGUUUUAGGUGAAUUUAUCAUAUAUGCGUAAACUUAUGGUCUGUUCAACGUUCAUUGAGAAAUUAUGCAUCAGGUUUUUAGAGGGCUUUUACAAUCACAGUACUGUGGAAUUGAUUGCAGAAAGAAAUUGUCCGUUUCGUGGGGUUUUAUGGUAUUAUUAAACACUGAUGAAAUGCUAUUUGGCACAUGUUAAUCCGUCUGUCGGAAAUUAUUCAUAUUUGUGCCCAUUCUAGAAUAAGUUUUCCCGAUAUCUGAUACGUGGUGAUUAGAGAUUUCCUUUGAAAUUUCAUUCGAGAUCCUGAUAUGUCCAAUACGGAUUAUUUUGCAGUAGCAUUACACAGGAGGUAAAUCCAAUUUAGUGAAACUUUGAUCCCUGAAAUAUAAGAUCGCGUUUUUCAAUUGAGUAAGAAAACCAUCGUCUACGUAUUAAUUAGUCUGAUCCAUCAAAGCUCUCCCUGAUUGGUAUCAAUAAAAUAUGACAAUGAGAUAAUUCACCAUGAUCAUGUAUAUUGUUAUAUGUGUGUGAAAAAUCCGCCCAUGGCGGUUAAAUAGAGUGACAAGAGUGUAUAUUAUACAUGUAUAUUGAUGUAUUUAAAUAAAUAUCUUA